AUGACGAUAUUAAGCACAGCCGCAGCAACGGAAAAUGGUCACGCCCUUGAAUGUUUACUAGCCACGGGCAAAGUUGACGUCGAUUCAAGAGACAACGCUGGCCAGACACCGUUUAGCAGGGCCGCUGAGCGGGGAUAUGGUGAUGUCCUCGAGGCCCUGAUGGCUACAGGCAAAGUCGAUAUCAAUUCGCGGGACAACUCUGGCAUGACGCCAUUCCACUGGGCCGUUCAGCGAGGGCAAGCUGGCCUCGUCGAGCUAUUGCUCGCCACUGGCAAAGUCGAUAUGGAUUUGCGGGAUGACUCUGGGAAGACUCCAUUACGUGUGGCCGUCGAGUGGGCUGAAGAUGAGGCGCACGACGCCGUUAUCCAGCUUUUAAGGAAUGCGAGUGAUGAUGAUGCUGAUAGAACGCUGCUGGUCUCAGCUCCUGCGGCAAAGCAAGAGGUCGCCGUGGAUAUAUUGCCGGUUUCGGGCACUGCCGACCGGAUCUGA